AUGUCUACCGUUGUAUCAAAAAACAUUCUUGAAGUCCUUACUCUUUCUCCUGAAGAAUAUAGAAAGAGAAAAGUUGCUUUGAUAACUGGUAUUACUGGUCAAGAUGGUUCUUAUUUAACCGAGUUCCUCUUAGAAAAGGGAUAUUCCGUUCAUGGUAUCAUUCGUCGAUCGUCGUCUUUCAAUACAGGAAGAAUCGAGCAUUUAUAUAAAGACCAGCAUGAACAUCCCAAUAUGGUUCUUCAUUAUGGUGACUUGACUGAUUCAACUAAUCUUGUCCACAUUGUUUCUCAGGUACUCCCAACUGAAAUUUACAAUUUGGGUGCUCAAUCUCAUGUAAAGGUUUCAUUCGAUAUGGCCGAAUAUACUGGUGAUGUCGAUGGGUUGGGUACUUUACGUUUGAUGGAUGCCAUUAGAACCGUUGGUUUAACUAAACACGCUUCCACUUCUGAACUUUACGGUAAAGUUGUGGAAACACCUCAAUCAGAAACCACUCCUUUCUAUCCUCGUUCACCUUAUGGAGUUGCCAAAUUGUACGCUUAUUGGAUUGUAGUUAAUUAUCGUGAAGCUUACAAUAUGUUUGCUUGUAAUGGUGUUCUAUUUAAUCAUGAAUCUCCUCGUCGUGGUCGUACAUUCGUAACCCGUAAGAUUUCACGUGCUGUGGCUGAAAUCUCUUUGGGCAAACAAGAAUGUUUAUGGCUUGGUAAUGUUGAUGCUAAACGUGAUUGGGGUCACGCUAGGGAUUAUGGAAUGUGGUUAAUGCUUCAAAAAGAUACGCCUGAUGAUUUUGUCCUUGCAACAGGAGAAACUCAUACAGUAAGAGAAUAUUGUGAAAAGGCAUUUGCUGUAAUAGGUAGAACCAUUGUAUGGGAAGGUGAAGAAAUGGUUUUAGCUGACAUUGAAGGUGCUAAAGUUAAUUCUGAAAAUUAG